GUUUGGGCGAGUCUUCCUUCUCGCGGUUAUCGACGGAGGCUUCGCGGUAGCGAUGGCGAAUGAAGAAGAGAGGAUUCUGGAGAACCAGCUAGAGCUACAGUUAGAGGAGCAGAGGGAUUCUCUUGCUGCGCUCAAAGAGGCCCUUGCCUCUGACCCCUCGAACGCCGAGCUCAUCUCUGUACAUGAGGAGCUUGUUCUAGCAAUUCAAGAUGCAGAAGAAGGGUUACUUCAACUAAAACGUGCACGUUUAUUGCGAGAAGCUGAUUCAGUGCUAUAUGGCACUUGUCGUGCUGAUGAGGAUGUGAAGUCAGAGCCUCGCGAUGCAACUGACAUAGAACCAGAGCUACUGGAGGAACAAAUUUAUUCUGUGGGAUCAAAGUGUAGAUUCCGCUACAGUGAUGGACGCUGGUAUAAUGGUCAAAUUGUUGAGUUGCAAGGCUCUGGUUGGGCAAAAAUUUCUUUCCUCACUCCUACUGCUGAAAACAUGUUGACCAACCAAGUGCAGAUAUGCAAGUUUUUCCUGCAACAACGAUGUCGAUUUGGUAGUAACUGCCGCUUAUCACAUGGAGUUGAUGUCUCAUUAUCGUCCCUGAAAAGAUAUGUACCAACAAUGUGGGAGCAGUCACUUGUGGGCUCUACUGUUUGGGCUAUCCCAGAUAGUAAUACUGGUGUCUGGAGGGAAGCCGAACUUAAAUCGUGGGACAGUGAACUCAGAAUAGGGGAAGUUGCUUUCCGCGGCGGUGGAGGUUCUGCCAAGCUGGGGAUUGAAGCUAUAGAAUCGUCUGAGUAUGCCCAAAUGAAUGAUGAAGAGGAAAGUUAUUCAAGCUCGGACCAAUCCGAUUCUAGUGACUACGAAGAAGAUAGCUCACAAGGUUUAGGAUUCCUUGAGAGCACUACAAGUCAAAGGGGCAUCCAGAAAGAAACUGCGAUCUUUACAAAAUGGGAGAAUCAUACACGUGGCAUAGCUUCUAGGAUGAUGGCCAAUAUGGGAUAUCGUGAAGGGAUGGGCUUGGGUGCAUCUGGUCAGGGAAUGUUGGAUCCGAUACUAGUGAAAGUCCUUAAACCAAAGCAAUCCCUGGACCAUGCUCUCCAGUCUAUUGAAGAUAAAGGAGGCAACGAAAGUCAUAGGAAGAAACGAAGCAGAGGUGGUAAGAGGAAGCGAGACAAGAAGUUUGCAGCAGCAACCCAGGCUGCAAAAGCUAAGGAAGAUUCGAAAGUUGACAUUUUCAGUCUCAUCAAUAACCAACUUGCAAUGCAAGGUGAAGCUUUGAAUGGUGGGUCUUUGAAGAAACAUCCAAGGAAUGGUUCAGAAGAUAGACAAGUAGAUAGAAGGGCUCUAGUAGCUUAUGAUGAUGAAAUAAAAGACUUGCGAGUGCAGGUGGAGAAGCUUGAAGAGAUGGUGAGUAGAAAUAGAAACGAGAAAGUGGUGUAUGAGGCUGCUUUGAGAAAGUUGAAUGAAACUCGCAAAUCCUUGGCAGAUGCAGAAGCUGCCCAUGCAUCUGCAUCAAAUGCUGUUGUUAGCAAGGAAAAAGAGAAAAAGUGGCUCAAGUUUUGAAAGUUGAUAUCAGAUAUUGACAUAUUGUUGUUUGAUACAUGAAUAGUUUGAGACUCCUAUUGGUUCAUGGUGGUGAUGCAGCCUCCAUAGCCCCUACAUUUAAUUCUGUUUUUCUUGGGGGGCAAAUAUAUGCAAAUAUCUUUUUUCUAAAUUUAUAAUUUAUUGACAGUUCUCGGGUUAUCUUUAUAAAA